AUGACGACCAUUCGCAUAUCGAAACGGACACGAAUUGGACAAUGGAACGUGAGGACUCUAAUGGAACCAUCCAGACUGGCGCAGUUUGAACUGGAGAUGGACAAAUUGCAGAUCUCAAUUGCUGGCAUUAGUGAGAUGAGAUGGAAAGGAAGUGGAGCAACAACAACAUCAAAUGGCAAUUCAGUGUUGCAUAGCGGAAACAAUGAUGACGGCAGGAACGGAGUAGGGAUUUAUGUGUCCAAAAGAUACAAACAGACACUAAUCUCCUGGAACCCGAUAUCCGAUAGAAUCAUCAUGGCCAGAUUCCGAUGCAGCGCUAGACACAUCACCAUCGUGCAAUGCUAUGCCCCGACGGAAGACGCCAGCGAUGACAUCAAAGACGACUUCUACAACUCCCUCACAUCCACACUCACAAGGAUCCAAAGAGGCGACAUCAAAAUUCUCAUGGGUGACUUCAACGCUAAGAUCGGCCCCAACAACACCGGACUGGAACCAGUCAUGGGUCGGCACGGCGUUGGCUCACGUAGCAAUAAUGGAGAUAGGCUGAUCGACUUAGGCCAGACAUCCCAAAUGGUCAUUGGAGGCACUGUGUUCCCACAUAAGGAGCUCGAUGAAGGAUGUACGCAACAAGAGAGGCGCGUCAAUUGA